CAUCGGCUUGCUGCAGCUCUUCCUCGCCAGCACCCAAUCCAGGCCGAGCGCCGUGCAGCCAGCACACAGCUUUUCCUAGCUGGCCCUGCUGCCUAUGACUGGGCUGUCUUCACCACACUCCUGCGCCAAACCGGUGAGAGCUUUCUCUUACUCGUCCUGGGCCACCACCCAGCGAUGAGUCCGUCCUGAUCUCGCACGCUCCCAAUCACACUUGGACAGUACACUCUCGACCGCUCCGCUCCGGACCACGCCUCUUCUUUGCCUCUGGUCGUUGCCCGCACGGAGGCUCUGCUCCAAGCGAGCCAGCGUCUGACAGGUGUUGGCGUCGGGAGUACCCAUCGCCUACCAGAGAACACCGAGACAGGAGAAAAAAAAAAUUAACAAGCCCGCCCUGCCGGUCCGUUCGAGUCAUCGCCUCCACACGCGACGGACCGGGCGCCUCUUUUUCUCAAAAAGCCCUUCAGCCUUACAUCGGCCCUUAUUAUCGAUAGUAUCCGCUGCUUACCCUUCACGACCUGAUCUCCCAUACGCACUCCCCGUCGUCCCGUGCUCCUGCGACGGCACCUGAACCUCACCUUGCCCUCGCCUCGCUCAAGAGGGAGAGGAUAAGAGGGAACAGUGAAUUAAACAAAGGCGCCCCCGACCUAUCGAGCCAAAGAGAUUUCCUCAUUCCCACUCCCCCGAAAAAAGGGGACGGUUAUAAAAAUAAAAUAAAUUAAGAGCCGCCUAAGUCGGCACGUCGCAGCCCGAAUCGCUGACGCCCUCCAACGCAAAGGCAAGCAUUCCUGCGACGUUUCAUAGUGUCGGCCUACGUCUCGUUUCCCGCAACCUUCACGGCCCCAUCCUUUUUUAUUUUUUGACCGCCACGGCCAGCGCAUAACAGGACACAGGACUGCGCACGACAAAACCGUCAUCACCAUCACCACCACCACCGCCGCCGCCGCCACUACCACCACGAAGCCAAUAGAAAACAAUAACAACAAGAACCACAAACAAAUCGUUCUGGGAGACUGGCGAACGCACCGCUUGCUCCCGGUUCACGCCGACACACUUCGCGCGACUGGCCACAACCAGACGAGCAUGGCCAAGGGCCGCAAAGACACAGCGUCCGUCAUCGCGUCGUGCGCCGAGUAUGACGAGCGGACUGGAGAGGAAGUACAAGAGAGCAGGAAAAUCGCAAACGUCGCCGCAAAACGGUCCUCCGGCGCUCUCGUGACACCAACAGCAGGCUCGGACGCCGAACCGGCGCAGAACGCUGACCAGGUGUCCGACUCAGGGUAUUCGAGCCGCACACGGGCUACGAGCGCGAGCGCUGACUCUGUUGAAAGCACCAGGGAGAAGGCUCUCGCGCUGCAACAGCUCGCAAACGCCUCGGGCGCUUCCAACGGCGCUCCAUCCUCCAGGCAGCAACGCGACGUCGACACGCAGUCCCAACAGUCCGGCAGCACGGCAUCGACAAAGACGAAGAAAAAGGUGCAGUGCUCGCAGCCCAAUUGCGAGAAGUGCAUCGAGGUUCUCAGGAAGGCCGCCGCGCGCAAGGCAAGCCGCAAAGCAAAGGCUGGCGCGAGCGCGGACGCGCCGCCGACGACGUCGCGGACCCGGUCACCUGUCCGGACUGCAACCCCCGCAGCCACUACCGCCGCGUCCGCACGUCCGCCAGAGACCGUCGUCCAGCAGCGCCCACAGCCCCGCCGUCGCGACUCCCAGCAGCAAGGCCCUCGUCCAGCCAGCAUGUACGACAUGCCAGCCGGCGGCCUGGGCCAACCGCCCAUUCAGUCUGCCUACUACGACAGACGAGGCUAUCUGCAUCAAGGGUACCCGGGAAGGGCGCUCAUGGUCAUUGACCGCCCGGGGCCCAUGGUAUCCGCCAGGGGAGGUGCUCGAGGCGGCAUGCGCCAGGGCCCCGUUUCGUAUGAUCCUCAAGCUGCAACGAGGAUCAGCGCCCGACGCGUCCUGAAACCGACCGUCAUCCAGGCGGAACGGCCAACGUACGACGAAGAGGACAAGAUGGCACGCCAACUACGUGCAGCACAUAGGGCGCAACAGGCCGCGCAACGAGCGCCGACCCAGGCUGUCGAGGACGAAGACUGCAGCGAGGAAGAAUCCGAGGAAGACGAGUACAGCGAGGAGGAAGAAGAAGAAGAAGAAGAACAAUCCGAGGAGGAGUACGACAGCCCCGACGAGGAGGAGGCUGACGAGCUCGCCGCUGUUGCGCACUUGCGACAAUUGAAGAAGGCCCAGAUGGCUUCUACGCACUCUUACAAUGAAAGGCAGCAAAGGCGCAAGGAAGCCCACGUCAAGCAAGCGCAGCUUGAGCAGCAAGAACAACUUCGUCGGCUCGAGCAGGAGCGCAAGCAGAUGAUGGUGGACGCGGCAAGGAUGGCACAGAUGCCACCUCCACACGUGGCGCCGCCGCCAGAUUUGGGACCAGCUCCGAUCCUCCCAAUAGGCUUGGGGAUGGCGGCGGCGGCGCCGCCGCCGCCGAUGCCCCCACCGCCACCACCACCACAGUCACUGCCACUACCGCCCAACGGACUGAGCAUGCGCAGGGCCCAGCCUCACAUCACGUACCCUGACCGUCGCUCUAUGGACUUUGAUGCGUUCGACGAGCCGCUGCGAGCGACGCUCCGUGCCGUGACACCGGGUCCGUCGGGCAGCUCUGCAAACCGACGACCGUCCCUGGCCUCGAGCGGCGCUACCAAGGCCACGUCGUACUCCAACCCAAUCAAUCCUCGCGUCACGGUAGAGAGCGCUCGCAGUGGCCGACGCAUGUCGUACAUGGGCAGCGAGAGGCGCGACCAGCUCGAGAAUAUGCACGCUGGCUUCCAGGAGGAUCAGUCAAGGGAGCUGCGUCGCAUCAUCGCUGAGACGCUCCAGAACGAGCUGCAGAACUUGAACAUUACGCCGACACAGAGCUUCAAGGUCGACAUGGCCAUGGACGACAAGCUCAGGAACGCGAUGAAAUAUCAGGCCAACACCGACAGCGUCGCACAACACCGGCGCCGCGACACUCUGACCGAUCUCUCUAGCGUCCCGCUCACGGCCGAUGCGCUUCGCCGCAAGGCUGGCUUGCCCAGCUACACCGGCUCGUCGAGAAGCAAACACUCGUCCGAGGAAGAUCCCUCACUGAUCUCGGCCGGCCAUCGCAUAAUGGCUGGCUCCGAGGCCGGCGCCGUCACGGUCAACGGGGACGAGAUGAAGGUCCGCAUCGACACCACUAACGGCUUUGAGAUGGAGUUUGAUGGCCGUCUUGUCCAGCUCAGGCCCGUCGGCGACGGCACCACUGCCGAGCUCAUCGUUGGCGGACGUCGCGAGACGGCUUACGCGUCUACCCGAGGCUCGGCGGCCACCAAGUCCGUUUUGGGACGUCAGCCUUCCCACCGUGAGCGUCGAAACACUCGCGAGGACGACUAUUCCGACGACGAUCGCACCGAGCGUCGUACCGUCUACGCGCAGGAAGAGCGCGACCGCAUCUAUGAAGAGGAACGUGAGCGCCGUGCCGCCGUUCGCAAGGAGCGAAAAGAGCGCAAGGAACGCAGGGACCGCAAGGAGCGACGAGAGAGGCGUGAAAAGCAACAGCCGACACCGCAUCGUCGAACAGCUCGCUACGAGGUUGAGGGUGACUAUGACGAUGACGUCGAUUCUUACACGUCGGAGUCAUACACUUCUGAGGAUGAGCGUCGCACGCAACGGCCCGUCCGUCGUCGCCGCGCAAAGACGCAGACCGAAAGGUACGAACGUCGGCACAGUCCGUCUCCACCAAGGCGCCGUCACAAAGAUGACGGCAACUACCACUAUCCACCUGGGUACGGCAAGCAGGCUGGCUUCAACCCCAGUCCUGCGUUCUGAUUCUUCUAUCAACUACGACCAUCAUCACUACCACCACAACCACUCCUCCCGCCCCCAAGCGACUACGAUCAUGACCACAACCACAAACCGAUAGUAUCCAGAAUCCCUGAUCACAUACCCAUCCGCACACACCAUUGACGCAAGGCGGUGAUGAUAAGACGACGAUUAUGUGCAUGAUGUUACGAGAGCGAAGAGAGCAUCCUGAGCGUUGAUUUUGAUUUUUUUUGGUCCCCGAAUUCCUCCCGAAAAAGCCGUUUUCCCUCUCUCCAUGUAAAGCCAGCAAGGUUGGAACCUCAAAAAGACUUUUGGAACUCACGUCGCUUGCAUGUCGACGAAGAAGAGAAAAUGCUUCCAUACCACACCUUCCCUCCCCCCCCCUUUUUUCACCCUGUUUUCCGCUUUGGAUUGACUGCGUAUCUUUUGUCUUCUAAAGCCGACACACUUUUUGUUCCAAUUCGUUUGCAACACCAGAUUUCGGGUUGCUGUUGUACCAGGUUUUCUCCUUUCUACCACUUACCGAUGCAGGCCGACAGGCCAGACGUCGUGUCAUUUAUGUCGAUGUUGUCUCUCGUACGAGCGUCUGUACAAUGCGCCGUAGCAGCACCAGCAAGUUGAGCUUGCUGCGUGCAUUUUGCUUCGCGCAUUAGUUUUUUCGGCUUGGAGGUUUAUUUUUUGUUUACCCUUGCUUCUCCUUUUUUUUUUGCAGGCAGCUGCUCAGGCCGCGUUUGAUGCCCCCCUUUCUGUAGAUACCCCCCAUCCCCACCUUGAGCCCGUUUUGGUUCAUAUUAAAGAGAAAGAGUUGGAAGUUACCCGCUUUCCGGUCACGUCACUCAAAUAUACCCAC